AUGCCAUCGGGCCAACCUUUACCACCAAAAGAAAAUUCUUUAUUCAAACGAAUUUUAGUAAGUUUUUGUUAUAUUAUUAUUUUUUGAUAAGUAUGUAGGUAGAUCCUUAGUAUAAGGAUUAGAUAAGUAUGUAGAAAAUAUUUAAUGAAGUUUAAUUUAUAAACAAUUAUUUAAUUUACUAAUUAGAUAUGGCUAUUAAGGUUUUGAGUAUAUGAUCUUUAUAUAAAUAUUUUAUUAUUAAAUUUUACUAAUUCAAGUAAUAAUAAUUUGCAAUGGUCUACACAUACCUAGGUAAUGUGUACAUAUAUAAUUUUGUUUUUAACCUUUUUUUUUAGAGAUGUUAUGAACAAAAACAGUAUAAAAAUGGACUGAAAUUUGCAAAACAGAUUCUUUCAAACCCAAAAUUUUCAGAACAUGGAGGUUAAACACUUUUUACAUUUUACAUUUAUAAGCUUAAAAGUCAAUUUAAAAAGUAAAUAAAAAUUUGGUUUAAUUAGAAACUUUGGCCAUGAAAGGACUUACAUUAAAUUUUCUUGGCCGAAAAGAAGAAGCAUAUGAACAUGUUCGCCGGGGACUUCGUAAUGAUCUUACUUCACAUGUUUGCUGGCACGUUUAUGGUUUGUUGCAAAGAUCUGAUAAAAAGUAAGAUAAAUAAUUCUUAUUUAGAAUAAUGUUCAUAAUGUUCUCUCUUAAUUGGUUUACAAUGUAUUUUAAAAAUUGUAUAUUUAUAUUUUUAAAAUAGAUAUGAUGAAGCAAUUAAAUGUUAUAGAAAUGCAUUAAAAUGGGAAAAAGAUAAUAUUCAAAUUUUACGAGAUUUAUCAUUGUUGCAAAUUCAAAUGCGAGAUUUAGAAGGAUAUCGAGUAAAUAUUAUUUUAUUUUUUGUCACUUUUAGCAUAAACUGAAUGUAGUAUUAGUUUUUUUUAAUCUUAUUUCAGAUUUAUUUUUUUAAUUUAAAUACUAUAUUUCCAUAAACAAGUAUUUAUGUAUUACUGAGUCAAAUAUACUUAAAUAUUAAACUGGAUAACACAUUUAAUUUAUAAUUGUAAAAACACUCCCUGAAUAUAAUAUUAUUUUUUAUUAAUCAUGGGACAAACCUUCAUAAUAUAAUACUGCUAUUUUAUUUAAUUUUUUGAACAUAAAGGAAUAGUAAUGUGGUGAUUAGUACUAUCAUUAGGCAUCAAAUAUUUGUAUAAUAAACAUAAAGGAGAUUUAGAAACAAAUUUGUCCUCGUGUCAACACAUGAUCCAUAUUCAUAUAUUUAUAUAAACUCUAAAUUAAAUAACAUCACAUCAUACAAUUGAAUAGAAUAAUUAUGAUUUUAAUAUGCGGAAUAAUUUUAUUUUCAACUAUAAUUAUUAUUCUUUAAGGAUACAAGAUAUCAAUUAUUCAUGUUACGACCAACACAAAGAGCUUCAUGGAUUGGCUAUGCAAUGGCAUAUCAUUUAUUGAAUGAUCAUGAUAUGGCUUUGAAGAUUUUGGAGACUUUUAGGAAAACACAAAUGGUGUCUGUAAGUAUUUUUCUAUAAUAUAAUUUUUGAGUGUAAUUAGAAACAAGAAUUUCAAAAAUUUCACCUAUGGUAUUUAUAUUUUAACAAUAAUGCAUUUUAAAAUUUUACUCAACAAAAAAAAAUAUAAUAAAUAUAAGUACAGCAGUAUUUCUACACAAUUUUAUUAAAAUGGAUUACAUUAUAAUGUCCAUAAAAAUGUUUAAGCAUAAAGAAGUAGAAAUAUAUUCUUAAUUUAUAUUUUUAGGCACCAUUUGAUUUUGAAUAUAGUGAGCUUCUUUUGUAUCAAAAUAUGGUUAUUCAAGAAUCUGGUGGAACAUUGGAUGCAAUUAAACAUUUAGAUACGUAUAAAGAUAAUAUUUUUGAUAAAUUAACAAUCUUGGAGAUUUAUGGUAAGUUAGCUUAAACUAUUUUUUUAUUAAGUUUUAUUUAUUGCAGUAAUAUUCUACACCAAUUUGACUUUGGAUAAUUAUUGUAGUUUCUUUUAUAAAGUUUUAUAUUUUAUUUAGGUACAUUAUAUUUACAAAUGGGAGAAUAUAAUUUAGCUACAUUGUGUUAUGAAAAGUUACUACGAAGGAAUCAAGAAAACACACCAUAUUAUUUAAAAAUAAAAGAAGCAAAACAAUUGAAAAAUGAUGAAUGUGUUUACAGUAUGCUAUGUGGUUAUCGGAAAAAGUUUCCUAAAGCAUUAGCUCCUAAACGUUUAUGUUUAACAUUUGCGUCAGGUACAUAAAUUAUUUUUGUUUGUUGAUUAAAUUUGUUUUACUUUUGUGUUGUAAUUUUUAGGAAAUACAUUCCGAAGUGAAGUUGAUCUAUAUUUAAGAGCAGGUUUCCAUAAGGGUAUUCCACCAUUAUUUGUAGAUUUGCGUUCUUUGUAUAAGAAUAAACAGAAAGUACAAAUAAUUACAGAACUAUUAGAUUCUUAUGUUAAUAAUCUAACAAAAUUCAGCUCAUUUGAUGGUGAAGGUAUUUUAUUUUAUUUCUUAACUAAAGCAAUUUUAUGUUUAUUAGAUGAAUAUAAAACAUCAACAAAAUUAGUAAUGAUACAUUAAAGUAUGAUAUUUUUUUUUUAAAACUGUGAUAUGUUUGUAUUAGAUAUAUCAUGUAAAGAACCGGCUUCUGCACUUUUGUGGGUAUAUCACUAUUUAGCUCAACACUAUGAUUAUCUUGAUGAUAUGCAAAAGGCAUUGAACUACAUUGAUAUGGCAAUAGCUCAUACGCCAACUUUGAUUGAGCUUUUUGUCACUAAAGGAAGAAUAUUUAAAGUAUUUGACUUAUUUAUUUAUUUUAUUGAGUAUAUAAUUAAAUGAAAUAAUCAACAAAUUUGUUUUAAUUAGCAUGCUGGUGAUGUCUAUGAAGCAUACAAAUGGUUAGAUGAAGCACAAGGUUUGGACACUGCUGAUAGAUAUAUCAAUUCAAAGUGUGCCAAAUACAUGUUGCGUGCAAAUCUUAUAAAAGAAGCAGAAGAAACUUGCUCAAAAUUCACUAGGGUUAGUAGUAAUAAUAUUAUUAAUUUUUAAGUUUAAAUUUGAUUAUCCAAAUUUUCAAAUUUAAGUAUCAUAUAUUGCAAUUUUUUUUCAAUGUGUCAAAUUAUACAUAUCCUAUGACUCCCAAAUUUUUUAAAUGUCACUCACAAUUUGGGAAACUCUAAUUUGGAGUUUGAUAUUCACACAAUUUUUUAUAUUUUUCAAAUUCCUGAUUAAUUUUCUAUAUAAAUAGUUUUUUUUAAAUUUAGAUUAGAUGCAUUAAUCUAAAAUUUUAAAGUUAAGAUUAAGAAGAAUUAAGUUUAUAGAAGAAAAUGUCUUUCUAUAUUUUUUUUAUCUAGAUUAUUUUUAAAUUUCAGAUAAAUAAUUAAUUUAUAUGUGUGCAUGAUAAAAUAUUUAUUUAUAUUGGUUAAAUGUACAGGAAGGUGUUUCGCCUAUGGAAAAUUUGAAUGAAAUGCAAUGCAUGUGGUUCCAAACUGAAUGUGCACUGGCUUAUCAACGACUUGGAAAAUGGGGUGAAAGUUUGAAAAAAUGCCACGAAGUUGAUAGGGUAAGGUAACCAUUUAUAACUUUUAAACACAAUAAGUACAUUUAUAAACGUAUAUUUGGUAUAUACAUUUUUUAAAAUAUUAAAUAAAAAGAUAAAGGCAUACUUCACACAAUGAGUAGACAAGAAGUUGGGAACAUAGCAUAUAGAAGGGAAUUUAAUAUUUGUUUGUAUACAACGAUUAAUCAAUGCUAAUGAAAAUAGAUUCUGAUUGCAGUUCUUUUUAUACGUGUUUUAGAAGACUGUAAUAUUCAGGAUUUUCAACAAAAUUAUACAAUUCUUAUAAUACAAAGAAAAUAUUACAUUAAAUUCAAUUUUUUUUUAUUGUCUACUAAGUACAACUUAUAAUGAACUUCCUAUUAAAUUUUAAAGCAUUUCUGUUAGCUCUAGUUAUUUUAUCCACUGAGUACCUAUUGAAUAAAUAUUAUGUGAAAAAUUCUCGAAAUUAAAAUGUCUAUGAAUAGCUCAAAUGUUUUGGAAAUUUUACUGCGUUUAUAGAAGCCAAAUUUAAGGUUUCUGUCCAAAUUUCAAAUCUACAACCAUAAUUAAAUUACAAAAAAUUGAAAAUAGUAAAUAAAAGCAUUUUUUUUAAUUUUUCCUAAAUUUUUUCCCCGAUUUUUCAUAAGUAUUUUGGAAAAUAAAAAUAACCACCUUCAAGCAACGCCCAAGAAAAUUUUCUCAGAAAAUAUGCUUUUCGCUUGGAAUCUAAAAUUAUUAUUUUUGUGUAAAUACAUCAAUUCGCUUACUAAAUAAAUAUUAAAUUGAUGAUGUAAUUUUUUUUUUUGAAAUAAAGUACAUGUUAGACAUGUAAAAGGGGAAUUUAUACCACUUCUUUAGAAAUUAAAAUAGAUAUUACUUCGGCACUAUUUAUCAGAUAUGUAUGUAUAAUGACAAUGUAUUCAAAUUUGUAAAUUAAUAUCUAUUACACAGUAGUUAUUUUGGAAAGUGAACAAUAAAGUUAUUAUUUUUAUUUAUCAUUGAUUUAGGGAUGAAAAUAAAAAUUUUACUUUAAUUAAAAUUUUUACUUGAUUUUUUUUUUUUCAAUUUUGUCUAUUUCUAUUUGUAUUGUGCUGUUCUCAACUAAUAUCUCAUUAUAAGUAUUUAUUUAUAUGAAAAUGAAUGCAUUUUAAUAUAUGUUACUAGGUGUUAUUGAAAAAGGUACUUUAUUUUGAAAUGUACUAUUUACUAUAAUAUCACUUAAAAAAUAGUAUUUUAACAAUAAUAACUUUUUUUUAUGUACUUUUUCAGCAUUUUACUGAAAUCAUUGAUGAUCAAUUUGAUUUUCAUACAUACUGCAUGCGUAAAAUGACUCUAAGGUCAUAUGUGAAUUUAUUAAGACUUGAAGAUGUGUUACGUUCUCAUCCAUUUUACUUCAGAGUGGCAAGAUGUGCAAUUCAAGUAUACUUACAUUUACACGAUAAACCUCCGACUGAUGCAUCAUCUAGUAACGAAUUGGAUACAGGUAAAUUAAUUAUAAAUAUUAUAUGUGUAAGUCUAAAUAAUCUGCUUUAUCAUGCGAUGCAAGUGUGAGAAUAUUUAAGACUUUUCUUAUAUUGGUGUAAUUAUGAGGUUCAUAGGAAUUUUUUUUUUUUAAAGCGAAAAAAGUUUAAAACUGCAUGUUCAAGUCUUAAAUAAUUUAUGCUAUGUAUAAUUAAACCAAGUGUCUUAAAGUGCGUUGCCCUCCAAAGUACAUGGUAUGUGAUCUGGCAAGUGAUGUGACGAAUGAUUUGUCAGUAACAUGUCAUUCGUGAAUUUUGUAGGAAAAAUCACCCGAUACUGCACACUAAUUUAACAUGUCAGGUGAUGCGUUAAUUUGGAAUCAUUUCUGAAUUUUUGUUAUUGACAACAAUGACACGUGCACUACAUACUUCAUUUGUUUGUCAUUGCUAUCAGUGACCGCAGUAAGUGCUCUAUUCACAAUUUUGUCAAUAUGAGGACUAAAACAAAGAUUUGGUCAGAAGUUAAAUCCGAGAUCUUUAAUUAAGGAUAUUAAAAUACUUAGAGAAAUACCAUAUACAGUCUAUAAAUAUAUAGAAUAAUAUACCGUAUAUAAAAUGUAUCUAUUAGGUUCAAACCGAAGUGCUUGAAAAUGUAUUAUAAGUUGUAUUUAAUGGUAAAAAAAAAAAAAAAAACUAAGUGUAAUGUUUUUUUUUUAAGCAUUUAAGUUCAAAUUUUGACAAAAUUUAUUAUUAUUACAACGUUUAAAUAUACAUUUAGCAGAACAUUACUCAGAAUCGUUAUUAGUAGUACUAGUUUAUUGUUGUGUACAAAUAUGAACUAAAUUAUUCAAUUUAUCUUUCCAACUUUCUUCUUAAAAUGUGACAUGUCAAUCAGCAGUAUCAGCCUUUUUAAUUUAUAAUGUAUGUAUACUAUUUCUCAACACCAACAACUUAAAUUUUUCAUAAAUACAUUUCACACUAUGUCAAAUUUAUAAAAUCUUAAGAAAUAAAUUGUAUUUGUAUGUUCAAGUAUAGAGAUUUUUAGGAUAUACAUACUAAAAUUUUAUUUGGUUUUUUUCUUUCACUUUCAUCUCAACUCUUUAGAGUCAGCCACCCUCGUUUAAAGCUUCCAAUUGACUUACAUUGUUCUCACUUCCAAUUACCUCUUUUUCAGUCUUUCUCUCUCCUCAUGAUAUUUGUUAAUACCUUUUUAUCUUCACUUUUUAUAAAACCCUAGGAUAAUAACCCAUAGAAAUCCAUUGGCCAUUUUUCUCCAAAGUUGGCCAAUCAAUAAUAAAUUGAAUAGUAAAUAUUUACGUACUUUUAAACCUCGAUUAAAAUAUGUUGAAUACAAUCUAACAAGUUAUAUAUGUAUAUUCAUAGGUUUAUUAGGUUAUAAAUUGUGUAACGAAUAAUAAUAAUAUGUAUAUAUAUAUAUAUAUAUAUAUACAUAUUAUUAUAUUAUUAUAUUAUAUAUAUAUAUAUAUUAUGUAAUAUAACUAGGUCAAAAUUUUACCAUAUUAACUUUAUAGGUUUUAUUUAUAUCUAUCUUUAUUUUUUUAAAUUUAAUUGACCAUUACCACUACUUUUUUUUAUAAAAAUGAUUUCAAAUACUAUAAAAUUCUAUUAAAUUGUAUUUAGUUUAAAACUAUUUUUCAUUUUAUUAUAGUAUAUUAUAUUCUGACGUAGUAAUAUUAAAUGUAAAAUGUUUGCCAUUAUUAAUGGUACAAUAACCAUUGAUAAGGCGGUAAUAAUUGAAAAUAUGUCUACUUAGUCACUAUUUAUUAUAUUAUAAUAUACAUUAUUUAUUACAUACAUUAGUUGAAUAAGUUUUAUGGAAUGAAUACUUGUUUUUUUCAGUGCAUAUUUAAAUAAAUUUCUAAAAUAUUUUGUUAGAUAUUCUGUACCCAGAGUAGUAUAAAAAUUCCAAUUAUAAUAGUAUAGUUUAAUAUUAGGGGGAACAUUUUUUUUUUUUUCAAGUAGUUUUUCAUAUUCUGUUACUCAUUCUGUCAAAAUGUUGUUUUAGUAUAAAAAUAUAAAUGUAAAUUUGACAUUGAUAGAAGAUUUUAAAUAUAAUCCAUUAAUUUGUUAAUUUUGAUUUCAUUUUUGUAUAUAUUGUAAAAUUGACUUAUUUAAUUUAAUAGUAUAUUGCUAAUAAUUAUGCUUAGGUUCUUUUAGUUUAGUCUUUUAUUUGUUUUUAAAUAAUUUAAUUUGUGUGUGUUGGUGUAUAACUAAAUUAUUAUUAUUUAUUUUAUUUUAUGUGGUGUUAGAAUAUGUAUGCUAUUGCACAUUGUUGUAUAUGAAUUUGAACAAAGUAAAUUGAAAAACUUAUUUAUAAUAUGUGGAAUGGUUUACAGUACAUGCAAAAUGAGCCUUAUACACAUAUAUUGAGAAAUAGAGGAUAUGAGUAUAUUAUUAACUAACAUUAACAUGAGUUAAUGAUGUUUUAUUAAUUACUUAAAUUAUAUUAUUAUAUUUUUUUCAUGUAUUAAAUUAAUUAAUACUUUAUCAUUAGUUAAAUAAUGCUAAAAUAUGCUUUAAUAAGUAAAAAAUAUAAAAUAUGCAAUUAUAUGCAAAUUAAAAUCUUGAAUUUAGAUUCUUUAUAUUAUGAAUAGUUUAUAUUUUACUGAUACUACAUUAAAUAAAAUAAAUUAAAUAAAAUAUUCAAAUGCUAAAACUCCUUAACAUUAGUAAUAAUAUUUGCAAGUGCCAGGGAAAUCAACCUUUCUCAAUUUCCAACCUUUUUAAAUUUUAGAACUACCUACAUAUUUUGAACAUUUUCACAUACUAUUUAACAGUGUCAAAACUGAAACCUUUUUUCUUCCGCUUAUCAAAAAAUGUAUAAGUACACAUUGUUUACUAGUUUAGGAAUUUUAAUUAGCUACUUUAAGACACACUUAUGAAAAUAUAAGUAUUUAUUGCAAAAUAAAUAAAAUUAAAUAUUUAAUACACAAUUAUUAUUGUUAUUAUUUUCAUGAUAUUUGUAUAGAUGUUAUAUUAUUUACAAUAUAUCUUAACUAAAGUUGUAUACUAUUUACACAUUUAUUUCAUGUUAUGUUUUUUAAUAAAGCUGUUUAUUGUACAUGUACACAGAUACAUUGAUAGAAAUAUAUAUGUAUAAUUUAAGCAAAUAUCAAACAAAUUUGGAGUAAAAUAUUUUUAAUUCAAAUUUACAAUUUGAGUUAAACAAAAAUAAAUAACAAAGUAGUUUCUUAUACUUUAAAAUAAUUAUGACACAAUAUUAAAUUACUACACUGAAGUAUGCUUUAAACUUAUUUUAAUUCCUAUUAACUAAGAAGUGAUACAAUAAUUUACUUUCACUUGAUUACUAAUAGAUUUAUUUUUUAUAGAAUAAUAGCAUUAAUCAAAAAUAAGAAAUGAAAUUAGUUUUAUAAUAUGUCAAAUUAAUUAAACACUAAUAAUAUUGUACCAUACAUAAAAUUUAUUUUAUUGUAAGGUAUUUGUAUUACAUAACACAGUCUUUUUUUAAUAAUAUCAAAUGUUUGAUUGUAUUAAGUUUAACCAUAGUAUAAAUGGUUCAACUGUAAUAUAUUUGUAUUUUAAAAAAUCUUAAUGUUCAAACAAAAAUUAACAUACUCAUAUUUAGUAUCUAACAUUAUAUUUUCUAUUUGACAUUUCUUUUAUAGUAUUGAUAAUUAUGAUUACCUAAAUUAUAUUGUAUUGGAUGUCCAGUAUGAGUUGUUAAAAAGAAAAAAUGACUACCACUGUUCCCUGGUAAAUUAUAUGACACUAAACGAUUUAAUGGUUUUUGUGUUGGUACUAUAUAUUCUGCAUCAUUAUUUUUUGGUGGCAGUGGUUGUUUAUAAUUUACUUGAAUAUCAUCAAUUAAAGAUACCUCUGUCUGUUGAUAUGUAGAUUGAGGUCUUUGAGUCAUGUACUCUGUAUCAUAAUUUCUCACUGGUUGUAGUCUUUUGAAAUUAAAUUGGGUGUUAUCAAACAAUUGUGGUGAUUGAGGAAAUUUAAUACGUGGUCUUUUUACUACGGUUUCAAUAUUUGGAUUUUGUUGUAGUAUUGUUUGUUGUUGAUAAUUUACCUGUGUAUCUUCGAGGUAUGAAGUAUGUGGUACUUUAAUGUUAGGUCUUUGAGUAGUGAAUAUUCUGUUAUUUGAAUACCUCUGAGGUUUAUAAUUCAUUGGUAUUUUAUCACGUACUGAUGUUUCUGGAACAUUUAUAUAUGGUCUUUGGGUAAUUAAUUCUACAUUUUGAUUUAUAGAUGAAUAUUGCUGUUUAUUAUUUAUUAUAGAAUCACUAUAAAAUGGUGUUUGAGAUAUUUGCAUGUAUGCAUUUUGAGUAACAUGUUCUAAAUUUGGUUUCUUUGUUACAAAUGAAGAAUCCAGAUUGUAGUCUAUAUGUUCAUCUGAUGAUGGUGGGUGCGUUACAUGUAAAUGUGGCUUUUGAGUAAUUUGUUCCGAAUUUGAAUUUUCAGUUUCUGAUGGUUGUUUGUAAUUACCAUUUGUGUCAUCAAAUAAUGAUGGUAUUUCAUAUGAUGGUAGUAAUGGUUGUUGAUAGUUCCCUUGAGUAUUAUCUAAGAAUGAUGAUUGUGGUAUACUUAAGUAUGGUAUUUUUGUGAUUGGAUUAUUUGAUUUUAUAGGCUGGUUAUAAUUUACUGGAUUAUUUUCUUGAAGUGAAGUUAGUGUAUAAGAAUUUUUAAUUUUUUGAUCAAUAUUCAAAUUUUUUAUAGGUAAUCGUCGAUUGUAUGUUGUCGCAGUAUUAUCUUGAGAAUAUGAAUAAUUUUGUUUAUAACCAUUAUGAUAUUGAGAUAUUAUUUCAGCAUCUGGAUUAUUUUGAGGAAGUGGUUGUUUAAAGUUAACAUUAAUAUCAUCAUAUAAAGAAAUUUGAGGGUAAUUGUUAUGUGGUUUGGCCGUUGUAAUUUCUGACUCUGGAUUAAUUGUUGGUAAUGGUUGUUUAAAGUUAACUAAUACAUCGUCAAUUAAAGAUAUUUUGUUAUCAUUUUUACUACUCUGAUGUUUUGAUUGUGUUGUUAUUUGAGCUGGUUUUUCAGUUCUAACUUUUUGGCCAAAGAGAGCAAAAUAUUUUUUUGUGUUUUCAUCCACCAAACUGGCAUCAUCUUGUGUAAAAAAUGCAUGAUAUGGAUUAUCUGUUGCAAAGUUAGGUUUUUCUGUUUGAUGUCCAUAAUUUUUUUCUGGAUAUUGGUUAUUUUGCUGUGACCAGGAUUGAUAUUUUUGCUUAUCCAUUUGAUUGUUUUGGUCAUUAUAAUUAGUUUGUUUUGGUUUUUCUGACCACUCUUGAUAUGCUGGUCUUUCUUUUUGAUAGUCUAACAUUGAUUUAUGUUUAUGUAUUGGGUUUUGAAUUUGGGAUUUAGUGUCAUAUUCUGGAGCUAUAUAACUAUACUCAUAAUACGGUUUUACGGUUGUAGACUUUUCAUAAUUAUUCUGGAAAUCAUAUUGUUGAUUUUUAACAUCAGAAUAUUUAUUGUGCUGGGCAGGGUUUUCUACAUCAUAUUUAUUUUUAUCUUCAUAAUAGUAGUAAGUAUCUGGAUGACUUGUAGUAUGCUCUACAGGAUUUUCUAAAAUAAAUUGAUGUCUUGGGAAAUUAUGUUGUUCAUUAAAAUUGUUAUUUUCUGUUGUAGUGAUAAGAAUAUUAUUUUUUAUCUUUAAACCUUCAAUAUAGUUUGGUUUAAUUGAUGGUAUUGGAAGUGGAACCCAUCCGUUUUCUUUAGUAUUAUGAUUUCCUUUGGGAAUCUUUAAAUAUGGUUUUUGAUUAAAUCUUGGGAUUGUUUUAUUAGUAUUUAAAUUAAUUUUUUUAGAUUUUUCUGACUUUUCUAAAGGACCAAAAAAAUUUGGUGGUGGUGGUAGCACUAUUCCAGGAACUAGCGGACCUGGUGGAACUCUUGUAGAAUUUUCUUGAGCAUACACAAAAUCAUAUUUUGGAGGAUAAUAUAAUGACUGGUCAUCUUCAUCAAAUGUUGUGUUUGGAGGUGAUGGACCUUGGAUUGAUGGAAAUGAAGGAGGAAGCAUUGGAUUCCAAAUAGUUCCAUUAACUGAUAUGAAAUCAAUUGGUCCAUUUUCGUCCAACUGUAUUGGAAAUGGUGGAGGUAUUUUAGGGUUUUCUGGUAUUUUUACUUGUCUUAGUGGAGCAAUAUAAUUAUCUAUGAAUGACCAUUUCACUUUUUUAUUGCUAAAAUUUCCACCUCUUAAUACAAGUAAAUGAUUCUCUGCCAGCCAUAUUUCAUCAGGAUCUAAACCCCCUAAAUUAUUUAUGUUAUCCUUUGGAACUUCGGGAUUAAUAUUAUAACUAAUAAUGCCAGGUCUUGGUGGAAUAUCAUUGAAUAGUUCUGUAUGUAUAAGACCAUACUUGCCUUCAUAAAUUUGCUGUGCCAAUGUUUUUUCAUCGUCGUUGGUAGAACUUGAUUGGUCCACAUUUAUUAGUGUUUGACCAUUCUCUGCUGGCAAUAAAAUAUCUAACACAGGUUCCGCAACAGUGCUUGUUAGUAAUAUAAUUUUUAAUAUCACAUAUGGCAACAAAUACAUCUGUAAAGAAAAUGUGAUAGAUUUAAAUUAGGUUAUUUAUAUAAUUUAUUCAUUAUUUGAUUAUUUGUAUAAAACAACAGGAAUCACACGCUUAUGAAUCUUGAAUUAAUUGUUUUACUUCACAGUUAUGUAAUUAAAAAAAAAACACAUCAUUAUUACAAUGCAUUUUUUAUGAAACUAUGAAAUGACACGUUUUCUAAAAAUGAUAUUUACUUUUAUAUUUAUAAUAAUUUGUAUUUUGUUAUCAUAUUUAUAAAAAAAACAAAAUAUUAUAUUUUUACAAUGUGAUAUUGAUUUGUACUUUGUUGUACACAUAAAAAAAUAUAUUUUAUUCAGUAUUGAGGCGUGUAUAAAAACAAGUAUAUUAAGAAAGGCUUUAAGAUGCAAAUUUUUAGUUUUAAUUAAACAUUUUUCUACAAUUUCAAAAAAAGUUUAUUUUUUUGGUUCAUUCAUAAAAAAAAUCUUGUAUACAUAUUUGAAAUAAUUAUAUUCAGACACCAAUUUUUCAAAUUAACUUUGAGUUAUGAUUGUGCUAUUUGUUUUAUAUAUUAUAUUAAAUGUAUUUAUGUAUUUAUAAAUACUCAAUAUGUCCAAUUUUUGAUUUAUUAAUGAAGUAAAUAAUUAUUUAUAGAUUACAAAUAACAAUAUUUCUCUUAUGCUAUAAAUUAAAAAAAUGAUUUUGUGCUUUUUAACUGAGCAUCUACGAUUUUAUUUAGAACAUUUCUUUAGUUUGAUUAUUAUAUAUUUAUUUUUCUAUUUGUUUCAAUGAAAUAUAAGUAUAAUUAACUGUACAAUUUUUAUAUUAUUUUUGGGAAUUUUGAGCUAUUAGCUGAAAAAGCUAUAUAGCCGAUUAAAAUUUUUAUUUGAUUUUAUGUGAAUUAAAUUUUUUUUGGCUUCUUAAAAAUAAACGAACAUUUAGUUCAAGAUUUUUCUUAUGAUACAAAUUCUGAUAGCGUACUAUUUUCUGAUUUAUAGGAAUAAAAAUAUUUUGACUCAGGAAAAAUACUCUUAGUGAUAAAAGAAAGUCGAAUAUCAUGUAGUAGUUUUAUUAUUAUUAUUAUUAUUAUUAUGCAACUUUAAUUUAAAACAAAUUUUACAAAAACUAUACAAGUCUCGGAAUUUCAAUACAUUUUUUCAUACUUUUCACCGAACUUUGUUUAUAAAUGCUUUUUAUAAAUAAAUUAAAUUACUCUAUAAUAUAUUCUCAACAUAUCCUUUACACAUUUUGUAAAAUUGGGCCUUUGCCCAUUCAAAAUAAAAAUUUAAAAACAGGCGAGAAGUCAAUUUCUUUUUUUUCUAACUUGUCUAUUUUUUUUUCUCUGUUGUCUUUGUAAGAUGUGUCUUAGUAUAAAGUUAUGAACUUAUAAUGAACUGUGGUUUUGAAACUUUUUACAAUUGUUUCUUUAUUUAAAAAUAUAGAAUUUUGUUUUAUUUAUUGUUACGCCCAUAAACUACUUCAGGUGAACUUAUAAAUGCAUUGGAAUUUCGUAGACAAAAGAGUUUUAUAUCUGGUUAACCUUGCUCUGAUACAAGACACGAUUUUAGCGCUAUUUGACCUACAGCAAUAUCCACGUAAUUGCUCACAAAUACAGUAACCAACUUUUCACCUGGGGUUAAACGAAUUUUUAAACAUUAUUCUUGUAUCGUAAUAAUUUAUUAUUGUACACAAUUCCAUGUAAAAAUACCAAUUUAAAAUUUAUAUUUGAUAAAACUAGGUACUUUAUCAAUCACCAGUUUUCCCGGUGAACUUGGGUUUUUCAUCAACAAUUAAUUUGGUUGGUAGAUAAUAUCCUUAUAAGUUAUAACCUUAUCAUAUUUUAUACAAAUUGUAUGUUUAUGUAUACUUUAAUCUAUUAAUAUUUAAUUAGUUGAUAGUAUUUCUAUUUAUGGUUUUAUCCCCUUAAAUUUAUACGUAGUUAUCACAUAUUUUUAUUUAAGGAUCUCAUAAAUAAACAAUAUAAGAGAUGUUAUUUUAGUUGGUAAAUAUUUACAAUAAAAAUAUCUAUAUUAUGUAUAACGUAUACUUAUAAAAUAGAAUAAUAUGAUUAUAUAAUAUUAAAAAUACAAUUUUCGUCACAACAAUAAUAUCCAAUUCAUAAUAUUAUUAUGUCCACGUAUGUCCAAAUAUAAUACUUGUGUGAUUGUGUCUUUUGUUGAAAUAUUUAUUUGGCAUAACGGUAUUAAUUUAUAUCGUAUUCAUUUUUCUAUUCGUAUUUUUCAUCUUGCGUAACGUCUCGUUUAUUAUUAUUAUAUUAUAAGCUAGAAUGACUAAAUGACCAGAUGACCAGUAGGUAUUCGUAGGAUGCACUAAAUCGUAUUUCUAUUUCUUUGGCAUAUAUUAUGUAAAAGAAUAUUCUGCGUUAGAUUUAUUUUUAUUAAGUUAUAUAUAGGUAUUCAGCAUUAUAUUGUUUAGAUUUCGGAUUGGUCAUAGUUAUAAUAUAAUGUGCACCUACUGCAUUCUUAUUUAUACCUAUAUUAUUGCUUAAAUAGUGCAAAAUAACAAAUGAAAAUUUUACAAAUAAUUGUAGUACCUAUGGAUUUACUAAGUUAAUAAUACCGCUUUUUCUUUAUUUAAUGUUGUAGAUUCUGAGCGGAGUGAUGAAUGUAUGAGUUUGAUAAUGAUUUUUUUUUUUGUGGACAACUUCUCCACCAGAAAUUUUGCUCCGAUUUUCAAGUGUAGCACUUUUUUUCUGAAAGUAAAUCUGACUGGUUAUACUUUAAGGAGAUCAUUUUUUAAUUUUCCCUGGGGUUUUUCAUAAUGGUAAAAAAAGCGUGAAAAAAGGGAAAAUUUACGAAAUACUUAUAUUAUUUUCAAAUCGUAAAUAUUAUGGCCUUUCAAAACAUGUAUAACCGUACUCCACUCAGAAUCAUUUUUCGUUAGCAAUGAUUAAUCUUAACGUGUAUAUAUAUAUAGAUUAUAAAUUUCCCCUUUACCUUCCCAACUUCUCACCUACAACAGUGACCCAGCUAUCAUACGAAGUAUGUCUGUUUGUUUUUUAUGUUCAAUUGCAUUAAUACCGUGGACUAAUUACCUACUGGCUACUACCUACUGUUUUUGAAAUCAUAUUUUUUUACGAUCUAAAUAUCACCAAAAGAAAUUAGGAACAUAUUGAUACAUGUUUAAAUAAGAUUAUGUUACGUUAUUAAAGUGUAAACUGUACUUAUAUGAUCGUUAAACAAAUAUUUUGCUGAACCACAAUAUCAAGCCAAUAAUAUUAUACAUUGAACAUUCGUUACAUUUCGUAUUCGAAAUUAACUAGAUUUACUACUUUCUUAAGUGCAGUCGAUCUGCAUUGAAAAAAAAAGACAAUAGUUUAUGUAAUAUCAAAAAUAAUGUUAUUACAUAGGUAUAUAAUAUUAGGUUAAAUAAAAAAAACCAAUGCAUAUAAUAUUAUUAUAAUUGUUCGUGGAUAAAAUAUUUCGAUAGUUGAUUAUUUUUAUUGAUUAUUUCUGUGAUAUAUUAGUUAAACAAAUUAGUUUUUGUCCUUGUAGAUAUGUUACACACGCCUUCUCUAUACACCUCUCUAUCCUAUUAAGUAAAACAAUGUAUGUAUAGGUAUUAUGGUGGGCACUGGACAAUAAUAUCCUUUUCAUAUUAUUAUAUACAUGUAACUCCCCCAUAUCAGAUUAUUGUAAAAUAUUGAAUUAGUCAUUUUUAAAUUAUAAAACAACUGCCCACUUAGAUAAUUAUGUGUGUGUGUGUGUGUGCAUAACUUUAUUAUCUUGAUGUUAAAAUGAAAAUUGAUUACAACAGACAAGAGACCUUAUGUGUAUUAUUUUAAGGGCAUCAAAAAAAAAAUAAUUCUUAUAUAAAUCAUGCCAGUAACUGAUAUUACUCUGAUACAGGUACUACGUAAUUUUAAUGGACACGAAAAUAGUAUACCUGCAUUAUAUACAUACAACCUAUAAAUAAAUAUUUAAUACAUUCCCAAAUACCCUGAUAUACAAUAAUUAUGAAUUUAAUAAGUAUAAAAAAAAUCUUUGAGAUAUUUUAGAUUCAAAAAUUGAAUAAUUAUUAAUUAGUUUGUAGGUUUAUGUUUUGUUUAUAUAUUUUAAGCAUUAAUUAGGUAAUAAUUAUGUUUAUAAUUUUUAAUGAAACUGCAAUUUCAGUACCAAUUAUUUCUUGUUUUAAUACGUGAAUACUUUUUAUAACUCUGGUAAAAAAUCUAGUUUAAAAGCUGAUAUAGAUCGGGUGUAUCCAUAAAAUAAUUUCAUAUAAUCAAUUACUAUGCUUGCACUACCGCCUUUUUUCAACAUUUCUCAACUUUUUGUCUUACCCGUUAUUAGUGUAGACAUUUAGAGAAGAGGGAUAAAAAUAAAUAAAUUCUUAUUAAUAAUAAAAAAUUAGAGUAAAUAAUAUUAAGUAAUAAGCAUUAGCGGAAAUAGCCGUUUUCAUAGCUAAUUUUCUGACAAAACGAUGCUAUCGUGAAAUACAAAAAAUACAACAUUUCUGAACAAAGUAUAAUAAUUAAUAAUACAUUUUUCCUUUCUAAUUCCUAGUCAAAAAAAAAAAAAAAAAUCAUUAAUAAUAUUAGGCUUUUAAAGUUUUAAAUUAAUUUGCAUGAACUAUCGAUUUAUACUUUUUUACAAAUUUUCAAUUUAAUUUUAUAUUAUUUAUUAACCCUCUAAAAUAUAUACACUUAAUAAUAUCGUCUCAAAUAUAUAGUCUCAAAUCAAACGCAAUUGAUUGAGAGUAUUUAAUUUAUAUUCUAAUACAAUUUUGCUAUUAAUAUAUUUGUAUAGAAAUUAUUGUGGUUUACUGAAUAUUAAAAUUGUAAUACCUUUAAAUAGUAUAGAUGUAUAUCCCAAAUAGUCGAUAAUUGAAGUGCCCAUUACACACAAAAAUUAAAAACUUUUAAAUGUAGAAUGUAAAACAAACCGAUUUUCGAAAACAUUCGUCAUGCUACAUUUACGCAGUGUAGCACGACUUCACGAUAUAAACUGAACACAUGGAGUGCACGCAGAAUACUAAUACCAUAAUUCAUUCAUACCGUUUUUGCUUUUUCGGUAGGAGAAGUACCCUCUAGUCGAGGGAAAGUUAAGCGUUUGAUUUAGAAGAUUAGAGUCCUUGUUAAUUGUUUCGUGUUAUUAUUAUUAUUAUUAUUAUUAUCAUAUUAAAAUAAGAAUAAAAAAUGUUUUAAAAAAACCUUUAAUUUUUAUCAUUAAUGUGGUAUUUAUAUCAGGGUUUUGGAGGCGACGAUUUUCUGUCUAAUAACUAGAAUUUAAUUGUGUUUCUAUUAUAAAUUUCAAAAACUGAUAAUAAUUAGUCGUAGUCUUACUUGAGUCCCAACUUUCUUCUUAACGUUUUAAAUUUAACAUCUCCGAAAAUAUCUAUGACAUUUGUUUAAUUUCCACUUUUUUAGGAAUAUAAAUUAAUAAAAUAAAAUACAGGAAAUUUGAUAUUCAGUAGACCCAAUCAUGAACCCAAACAUGAAAAAUUCAUAAUAUUUGUUUUCACAAUUAUCUAGAUGAUCAAUUUAUAAAUUGCAUUUACAUAUAGAUGUAUGCUUAUCUUGUAAUCUAUCUAGGUAUGUUUGAUUUACAAUCAAACAUAAUUAUUAUAACAAUAACAAUUACGUUAUAAUAAAUAACUAAUUGUGUAUAUCUGUAGCCCUAUAGGUAGCUAAUUAUUUUUACUAAAACAAAUCAAUGAAGAAAAAUAAAUAUACAAUUUUAAUGUACAAAAUGUAGAUCUUAAAACGUUAGAGAAAUAUUACAGUAAGUUAUUAUUAUUUUUUUUAAAUAUAAUAUUUUAUAUAUUAUAGGUAUAAUCUUUAAAUCUUUUGGAAAACAAAUUUUUUUAUGCAACAAGAAUCGUGCUGUAUAACUUUUCUCGGUUCCUUCGAACAACAAUAAUUUCGAAUUGAGUUGUUAAAUAAUGAAAUUUGUAUUUGCAUAAUGAACUCGAAAGAUUAAACUUAAUUUGUAUUGGAACAAAAAUAACUCAUUAAUGGACAAUUUAUUUGAUUCGUGAUGUGAUCCUCCUACCAGCAUGAUGAUAAAUUAGGUAUAAGAGUAAUUUAAAUGUUUACGUUUUUGUAUUUUAGUUUAGUAACAUUGUUCGAACUGUUUAUAUUUUUCAAGUAAUAUUAACGCUAGAUACUUAGAACAAUAAAGAUAGCCUACUGACUUUCACUAGAUAACUUUGUUUAUUUUAAUGUUUUCGCUUAAAAUAAUGUAUAUUAAUUAAUCACGUUCGUUAAAACAAAAAAAAAAUGCAGGUUACUUUUUUUUAGGUUGUAUAUUAUUCUUAUGUUACUUGUAUACAAUGCAUAAUGUGUAACAAAUAGAAUAGAAAUCUCGUUGAAUCAGGUUUUCAUGAAUAAUUAUUCAUGAACUAUCAAUAACGUUUUACUCAAAUUGUUAACACGUAAUGUUCAUUUUUAUAUAAGAUUCCAUAAAUAAAUAAAAAUCACUUAAAUAUUCGUAGUAUUGAAAAAAAAGAAGACUUCUUUUUUGUAAAAAAAAAAAAAAAAACUUCUCCUUAAGGUGACCAAAUUAACCACCUGUAAAUAUCCUAUUAAGCGCAUUAACAUGUUACAUUAGAAUUUAUUUUUUUAACAUUACAACAGACGUAUAACGGGCAAAAAAACCGCAAAACAGGUGUGGUGAAAGUUUUACAAGAGGGCGCGGUAACUUUAAACUAGAGCAACUACCAGAAUCGUGCAAUGGGCCUCGAGCCAUACACGCGACCAAUCUCCUUCCUUUUUUUUUUUAUCUGGAUACAUAUCACCUUACAAUGGUCAACUCGAUUUUUUAUGUGUAAUUGGCUUUUUUCAAAGUAUAUUAUAAUAAAUCGUUACGGACUAUUUUUCUGUAGACUCAAUAUGGACAUCAAAUAAAUUUACAAAAUGAAAAAUUUAUUCCGGCUCUAGAAUUAUUAACUAUAACUAGGUACAUUCGAGUACAAUAUCAUUUGGAAUUAUGAAAUAUUUAUAUGUUAUAACAUUAUUAAUCUUUCAUAAUUCAGUUUGAACUCGAAUUAUUUUGUACAAGCAUUCAUUUAAAUUUUUUUUUAUGGGAAAUGGAGAAGGUUUAGGUUACAAUUAAAAUACAAGAAAAUGUCGAUAGGGUUUUUUUUUUUUUUGUUGAAAUCAUGUAAUUAUACAUUUAUUUUGUCUAUACAGUUAUGGUAGAUAUUUUAGAUUAUCUUUGAAGGUGUACAAUUUGAACAGUGUGGGUUUUAUUUUAACAUUUACGGUACGCUUGCUUAAAAAUGUGUCAUAUCGAUUUAAUAAAAUCAAGAGACUUAUUUAAAAAACUGAAAUUUAUAACGUCUUCUUUGGUCUAUUUUAGUUACUCGGAUUAAAAAUAAUAUAUUUCUUUGAGUUUAUACCGCAUUCAAAAAUUUUUAAAUAUUGUAAUGUACGAUAUAUUUUGUUAAUUUUGUCUUUACUUCGUAUAGUUAUUUCAGCUUCGUAACAACGUGGGAUAUUAGAGGUAAUAAAUAUCUUAUCAAAUUUCAAAUGUCAAAGAUAUACAGCUAUUGAGUUUUUAUUUUGAACAAAUUAAACUGUUCCAUUUAUAAAAGUUGAAACUUUUAAAGAUUAUUUCGUUUAUUUUGAACUAUAAUAAAAGCUGACGAAUUAUAAUAAUAUAUUAGAAUAUUAUUAUUAGUCUACAAAUUACAAUUUACGAGAUUUCAUUCUGUAUAAAUGAUAAAUGAUAUUCAAUUGCUAUGUAGUUACUGGACUAGUGAGAAUAAACGAAUUUGUAAUGUCGUAUACGGUACACCCAAUACAAUGUAGUCAGUUUACAUAGGUAGGUAUUUGUGUAAAUAACGUAAAAAAAAAAUUCUUAUACGUAAGUAAUAACCAUGACACACAAUAAUAUACAUCAGAUUACCGGAAUAACGUUAGGCUAACCUAACCCAAUUGAUGAAUCAUAAUAUCUUGGAACACGUUUGUCUAAUUUGUUGUUAAAUUAUCGGCAUUAUGUAUCAUGAUGUCAUGCGUUUAAAUUUAGUAUAGGUAUUGCUUGCAUUCGUGUUAUUUUACUAUAAUUUACUUGUACGCUUAAUUUGUGAUCAGAUUUUACAUUAUUAUUACUAUUAUUAUUAUUAGGUAAUUUUUGAAAUACUCUGGACAAUAUUUUAAAAAAAAUAAAAAAUCCGAAAAUUAAUUUACUAAAAGUGUUAAAUAAUUUUUGUCAAAUCCUUAUGUAAUCCAAAAAGUAACUAUAUUGCGUUUGAACAGUAUUUUAUUCGAAAAUAUUUCAUGGCUAAACUUAUAGACGUGAUCAGUACGUCAUCUAAACAUAUUCAAACAGCGCUACCCACCGUGGCUGAUAAUUAUCUAUCUAAAUAUAACGGUUUCUCAUAGUAAAUUAUCAAUGCAAUACUGAUUAUUUUGCCUUUAAUGCGACGUCAUGAAACAUUGUCAAGUGAAUUACGUCCGGACAAAAUAUUUUUCGGAUAUUUCACAUGGACCGGAUAUUAUUUAUAUGCAUAGUGGUAUAUAGAUAGGCAACGAACAGACUUUCCAAUAUAUAAAAAGUUUACCGCGUCUGGUUAUACUGUGCAUUCAGUUAAAUUCUGUAUUUACACGGAAUCAAGUCUACAUAUUAUUAUUAAUUAUUUUGUAAUUCUCAAAUUAAUUACUGACAGUAAAAUUAGUACAUAGACAGGUAAAACAACUUAUUAUAAUAUCUAAUGAAUUGAAAAUAAAAACAAAAACUCGUUAUAUUUUGUAAUUAGUACGCUCGCGUCUCAUUAUAAUAUGGAUAAAUGUCAUUAAAUAAGGUGCUAUUUUUCCCAAACUAAAUGCGCGUGUGUGUGUACAUAUUUAAGUACAACGUUCGUUUAAAAGUCAGUUGUCUCGUUUUUCUUUUAAACCCAUUACGAAGGCGUCCGUUUCACUUAAAAAACAUUCCCAUCGUAUUGACCGCGAAAUCUUGAGAAAUCCCCUAUUGUAAUUACCGGUGAACCGAGUUAAUGAUCCUCCUGCGCAACAUUUUCUAAUCAUUUGAAUAAUACGUUUGUUUUUUUUUUUUUUUUUUUUUUUUUUUUUAUAUAUAUAUUAUUCUUAUUCUUAUUAUCAUCAUUACUUUCCGCGAAGACCACCGCCGUUGCGUUUUUCGGUCUUUUCACAGUUUUAGUAUCGUAGGUUCCUGUGUAAUAGCAGCCGCGCGGGUGUAGAAAAAACGUACGAUAUAUAUUUAGUCGCCAAUAUUUUAAUAACACGCCCGAUAAUUAAUAAUAUCAGGUAGUAUUAUAAAUAGAUUAGCUCGAAGAUUCGGAAACAAAAUGUCCCGGUCACGAAAAAUGCAUUAAGUUAUGGUCAAGGGGGGACCGCCUUCGUUUAUUUAUUAUGACCGAGACCGGUUUUUUUUAUAUAUAUAAUAUUAUGUUUUUAUAUUAAUUGUCCAAGAGGCGUCCGUCUCGCGCGCGCACACACUUGCCCAGUUGCCACCGGGUCUCGGAAACGAUGAUGACGGCGGCGCUAUCGGUUUCGUCGUGAUUCAUCUCUUUUUUUUUUAUCUAUUAUUAUUAUUAUUAUUCUUUUUUUUAAAUCGUCUGCACGUCGUCACGACCACGAAACAGGAGAUUAAUCCAUUAACACGCCACACAACGUCGUCUACGGCGACGGCCGCCUGCACACCGCCGGCACGUAGAAACGAUAGGCUUUUUGUCUCGGACCGUGCGUCCGUUUUUUCGUUACAUUUAUUCGGGAAACAGCUUACGGACCGUUUAAGCAAUAAUAAUAAUAAUAAUUAUAAUAUGCGAAUUUUAGCGGCCAAGACCCAGUUCUCAUAACAAGUCGUUUUAUUUUUAUUUUUUCCAUCAUAUUUCUCUCGUCUUUUUUUUUUUUCUUCUGAAUGACAACACAUUUUAGAUCCGUUAUAAACUCUUCGUCGCCGGGCAGCGGCGGUCGUAGAACAAUGACCGCUCUACGCCGAGAUAAUAGUACACGCGGUUUGCUAAUCAAAACAAUGGGACUCCCAAGACGACCGCGUGCCGCCGUCGCAUACGGUGUAAACGUAUAUAUUUUUCUGUAUCAUGGGAAACCGGUUAUUGUCACUUUUAGUUUCAUUAUAUUUUAUUAUUGUUAUUAUGAUUUUUUUUUUUUUUUUUUUUUUAAUGUCCUUUUUAGAUUAGGUGCCUAUACCUACCUACCUACCUACCUACCUAGUACCUACCUACUGCGCUUUGAACCACCUAAGUAUGAGGUCAGUCGGGCCUUAUUGUAUUUCACGCGUUGUGCAUAAUACGUUUUUCAACCAAAAAGUAUAUACAUACCGAUUUACACAGGUGUAAUAAUCUCGAGGUUAAACGAUUUUGAGAUGUUUAAUUGCCUGAGCGAUAAUAUUAUAUUAUUAUUAUGUUCACACGACAUUGACUGUCCUUGCAAUUAUUAUUAUAAAAACCAAACUAACCGCCGUAUAUAUAUAUAUAAAAAAAAAUCGUUUAAAUAAAACUACCCCGAUUUUUAUUAAAAUAAUUAUUACACCUUAAAAUAAAUACCUUUUUCUAAAAGUAAAAUUAAUUAAUUUUUCGAAAUAUUAACUAGUUUUGUUUUUUCGUGACUAAAUAUUAUGAAAGACUAUUAGAUACCUAUUGCAAUAUAUUGUUAUGUAUUUGACAUUUGUAACUAUCUAAUUUAUUAAACGUUUAUUUUUAUGUAAAUUUCGUAUUUUCUAAAUACCUCCCAUGUAUACUCAGUGUGUUAUGUUUAAUAAUAAUUUGAUUGAAAUUACAUAUUUAUUAUAUUCACGAGUGGUGAAAAAAAUUACUUAGGGUUAUAUAUUAUUAUAUUAUUUCACUAUAUUUCAUACCUACCAACAAAUUACCUCAACAGUUUACUUAUCAGUUAAAGCAAUGUUUUUAACUUUUUUACUGUUGCGACCUCUAAAUGAAUUUUCAAUUUUUUGAUCCCUAAAUAUAUAUUUUAUAUACGGCGACUCAAUAUUUUAUAUUUUUUACAACCCCCCCCCCCGGGUUUAGGUAAUUGGAGUUCUUUAAGAAUAAGAAAGUAAAUAAUUCAUUAUUCGAGUGAAUAAUUUUUGUGGGCUGACACUUUGUGUUUAAAAGACUCUGAACCGUCAAGUUUUUCAAAAGAAAUUAGGUGGAUCGAAGACAGUAUAAUCAAUUUGUCCCUCGGUCUCAGUGUUUCAAAAUUCAGAAUAAUGUUAAAACUCGUAAAUAAAUGUUAAAUGUUCAUCUUCAUUAAUUCUUACGCAAUAUUUUAUCCUUGGGGGUUUUUAAAACUCUUUAUUUUAAUGUUCUUAAAUACUAAUAUUUGACAUCAUUUCGUCUUGAUAAUGACAUUUAAAUUUAUUUACUUGUUUCUUUCAAUAUUAAACUUAAUUGUUAUUAUUACUUAUUUUGUUUAAUUUAAUAAAUAAUAAUGUCAACAAAAAUAUCUAAACAUUUUAAAAACUUCUUUAAAUUUAGUUUCUCUGUUUUGAUCUUAAGAACAUAAAACUAUAUAAUAGCCAUUUUUCGUUCUGCUCAGAAUUUAAUAUAAUGACACAAUAAUAAUACAUAUUGAAAAAAAAAAUAUAUAAAUAUGAGAAAAAAAAUAUAACAAUAUCUAGUUAUUUCAAAGUAUAAGCAAUUUCAAAAAUAAAAGUGGGUAAAAUUAUGUAAUAAUAAUGUAGUGCAAAUUUGUAAAAUACCUACUUCGAAAUUUCAUCUAAUUUUUAAGAGAUAUUUUUUGUAUUAUUCUCAUUUCGAUUUGCAUUAUUUAUUCAUUUAUUUAUAUUUAUUAUAAUAUAAAAUAUAAAUUACUUAUUAUUGUCCUGACCUCGAAUAAACAAUUUGUUGUAACUUAAAUUAAAACUAGCAAACUAAUUUUGUGUAUUAGAUUCAAAUAGUUACGUGUUAAAAAUAAUAUCAUUUUAGUGGUAUACAUUGACUAUAAUUGACUAUAGAGACCUAAUCAUACAUUAAGACAAAAAUUUAGAUCACAUUUUCCAAUCUACACUUCCAUUAACUUUGGAUUGGGUUAUGCAACAAUAAUAAUGAUAUUUCUGUCUGCUCAUGUAAUACAAGGUCUCUCCUGUGGUUCAAUUUCAACAUUCUCGGACCAGUUGUUUUCCUGUUUCAAUAUUGACUUAUCAAUCAAUCUAGGUGAUAGUCACGGGUAUAAUGCAUUUUUGUAGGCACUGUUUUAUUCAAAGUGAACAUAUUUAUAUUUUUAUUUACACGUGUGUGCAUUUUAAUAUAUUGUUUUGAAUAACUUUCUUUAUUCUUAUCCAAAAUAAUUAUUCUUUGAAUUACGAUUGUAUUCUCUAUUUAAAAUAUUAUUUAUAUAACUAUAUUAUAAUAUUAUCUCCAAACCUAAAAAUUACCUGAAAACCGGAAAUUUCUUACCUUGAGUCAUGGGUAAUUUAGAAAUUACCAAACUACAAAAAUUUGCUCUGUUUUUUACUUUAUAGUCAUUUAAAAAUAUUGAUUUAAUUUUGAACUUUCAAAACAAAUUUUUGUUAUAUGAACAAUGAUGAUAUGUAUAAUUUGUUUUAAGUAAUAUUUUUCUUCACUUUGAUGAGCACUUGAAAUUGACAACAGUGAAAUAUAUCUAUUAUAGAUUAGAUUAUAGAUCUCUUAUGUUACAUAAUUUUUUUUUAUUUUGACAAUAGUAACACUUUUGAUUAGAUGUUUUGACUGUCUAUUGUUUUGGUUCACCUAUUGCAUUCCAGUGUUGACCUUAGACGUACGUAUUUGUUGUCAUAAUGUACAGUAUACAGGUGUGGCUCAGGGAAAUUAAGUUUAACAUUUUUCAUGCUAAGGAACUCCUCAAAAAUAAUUCUAGUUAAUAAUAAUACAUUUAUUUAAACAAGCUGUCCCACCUGGUGUUAUCCUUGCAUUUUUUUAAAAAAAUCCUUUCAGAAACUGUAGUCAAUAAUAUAAAUUUAAUUUAACAUGUCUCCUCAAGUCACCUCUGUCUCCUUUUGUUUUUUUAUCUAUGUCCCCUAUUACAAAGAUGUAAUACAUGAAUAUAAUAAAUUUUCCUAUUAUGUGAUAUUCAUGUCACCAAAAUAACUCACAAAUAAUUAAAAAAAAAAUUAUUUUUAUUCCAAAAAUAGCAAGCACCUUAUGAUUUUGAAAAUCCAACUUAAAAUUCCACUGCAUCAUCUGUUUCUAUGUGUACAUUUGCAGACCUCUGUACAUAAUAGAUUUGUGCUGAGGAUCGCACACAAACAAAUCAUCUGUUUUAUAAUUGUAUAUAAUAUACAAAAAUUUAAUGUAUAUUUAUAUCUCAAUAUGUAACUUAAGUAAAAGAUCUUUUUGAGUUGUAACUUCAUAUACAUUUUUUUAUGUUUCAGGAAACUUGGCUCCCGGACAAUUAAAGAAAUUAUUAAAUAAACAAAGAAAAGCACAACGAAAAGCCCAAGUAGAAAAAGCUCAAGCAUUAGCUGCUCAAGAAAAACGAGAUAUGCAUAAAAACCGACAGCAGCCAGCAACUACUACUAGUGAAGAAGCUGAUGCAUUGCCAUUGGAUGAAUUGCUUCCAGACAAAUUGGAAAGAGUAAGUGUUGAAAACAAUAUUGUUAUUUUUUUCAAGACUCAAAUUAAUAUAUUGUUAUCAUUUUAGACAGAAGAUCCUUUGGAACAAUCCAUUAAGUUCUUGAAACCACUGCAAGAACUUGCGUCAGAUAAUAUAGAGACUCAUUUAAUGGCAUUUGAAAUUUAUUAUAGAAAGGGUAUUUUAUUUCAUAAAUGAAAUAUACUUGAAAUUUGUAUAUAACUUAUAAAUGUUUACAUUUUUAGAUAAGGUUUUGUUGAUGCUGCAAAGUAUCAAAAGAAGUCAUCAAAUUAAUCCGAAUCAUCCAAUGUUUCACAGUUGCCUGAUUAGAUUUAUGGAGAAGCUAUUAAAAUUGGGCAACAUUCAAGAAGAAAUGCAGUUGGUGCUUAAUAAACAAUUAGAACAGAUAUUAGAUGGAAGGUCAGCUGCAGAAAUCAAUACGCAGUUCCUUGCCAAACAUCAUAAUUCAUUGCCAGCUUUAGUUCAAGGUGAGGAAUUAAAUAAUAUAAUUAUAUUAUUAUUAGGUAGUAUAAAUAAUUACUUAAUUAACUAUUAACUUUAGGUUUGAAAAUGAAAUAUAUAUUGGACAAUAGCACACAACAAGAAGUUCUUGACCAAAUUACAAGCUUGCAUGAUACUUUGGAAGAUGUCAAUAUUCAAGUAAAAUUUAAUAUUUUUAUUUAUUUAUUUUUAUAUUUAAAUGAAUACAAUUUAUAUUGCAGACAUGUACUGAUAUUUUAAAUUCAUUAAUCAAUGGUGAAUUUGGUGAAGUCGGUGAUGUUGCUGAAGAAUAUCGUAAAAUAUGUCAUAAACGUUUCCCAUUAGCUACAGCUUUCCAUACAGAUCAUGAUCGUUCCCCAAUGGCAUUCUGGUCUAACUCGUACAAAACACUGAAUGAAACACAUGAAAAUUGUGUCAGUAACUGA